CGGCUGUGGGUAAGGGCCCGCUACCAACAUUGCUCGGUGAGCUGGCAGGGAUUUUUCAUUGCAGAAUCCAGCAUUACUUCACUGACGGCAGCGGAAAUCAGCCCGAGAAAGUGAAAAGUGUGGUGUGUCAAGAUCUCCAAGAGGAAUAUGGCCCCAGCGUUGAGUGCCGAUUGCGCGGAUGACACCGAGUCGCUCUGGCACGCGCCAUCGGUCGGCAUGCGGUCGACCGAUACCGUAUUGGUCACUGGGAGUAGCGGCUGCAUCGGCCAGCAUAUCGUGAAAAUGCUGCAAGAAAAGGAUCACAACAGCAAGAGAAUCAUCCUUUUCGACCUACUGCCUUAUGAGAACAAUCUGAAGCAUGCGACUCCGAAGCCCAUGAAGGAGAUCCAGGGCGACCUCACAAACGCCAAGGACGUACUCGAUGCUUGCGAGGGGGUCGAUUGUGUGAUCCACUGCGGAGCUCUGGUUGACAUCUCGAUGUUCCCUGACGCGGCUGCUCUCGAAGCCACCAAUGUCGACGGGACCAGGAACGUCAUCGACGCGUGCAUCAAACAAAAUGUUCCUUACCUCGUCUUCACCUCCACAACGGACACUGUCGUCAGCUCAAAUCAUAUAUUCUACGGAGCUGAGAACACGACUUUCAUCCCGAAAAACUUCUUGAUGGGAUCCUACGCCGAGACGAAGUAUCGAGCCGAGCAACUCGUGCUCCAGGCAAACACCCGUGUGCUGAGCGAUGGCGUCACGACUCUCCGUACUUGCGUCUUACGCCCCACAGUAGUCUAUGGGGAGGAAGAGAAACACUUCAUCCCCAGAUUGAUGUCCGUGGCCAAGUUGUACGGAAGGGGUAAAGUACAGAAAGUCAAGAGUGUCGACGAGAGAUUCCAGAUCACCUACGCGGGCAAUGCCGCCUACGCUCACGUCAUCGCGAAAGAUCGUCUCCGCGAAAACAGCGACUGCGCGGGGGAGAUUUAUUACAUCACCGAUGACACUCCCCUCGAGGAACUCUACGUCGCGAUCAAACCCUUUGUUGAGGCUCAAGACAUGAGACUGAGUGAUUGGAGUCUGCCCUACCUCUUCGCCAUCCUAAUCAUGUCGCUGAUUAGCGUCAUCUUGAGGAUCAUCCGUCCCAUCUAUCAGGUUGGAAAGCUCUUCCCGACGCCUGCAACGGUCACCUACGCUUGCACAUCCGUGUUCUUCAACAGACAGAAAGCGACUCUGCGCCUCAAAUACUAUCCAUGCUUCACCCCGGAAGAGAGUUACGAAAGGGCUCUCGAGUACUACAAGAAAGUGAAAUUUUGAAGAUUGAGGAGCUCGGAGCGCAAUAUACGAGCCCCGAAUCAAACCCUGAUUUUAUGCUCAUUUUGAAAUAAAUUCGUCUACAUAUGUACCCGACAGCACAACA